GACUUCUGUUUGGUACAAAUUGAAAUCACGAGUUGUUUCAGAAAACCCUGAAAUCUCCCGCGCUUCUUUCUUUCUUUCUACGCAAGGAUGUCGUCGAGCGAACCAGCGACGAAGACGGACGCUGCAUCUGCAAGUGAUGGAUCGCUGAAACUCGCUGUUGCGAUCUCGAUUCUUCGAUCAAAGCUCCUCGAAAAGAAACCUUCUCUGCCCGAUCCUGUCUCCGAGUCCGACGCUCUCCGAUGGAAGCGAAAGGCUAAGGAGCGAAAGCAAGAGAUUCUGCGAUUAAGAGAUGAUCUCAAGGAAGCUGAAGAUGAUUCUCAGUGUGAUUUGUUUCCGCAAAGUGCCUCUUGCAAGUGCUAUUUCUUCGAUAAUUUGGGCGAAUGGAGGCCCAAUCAAGCAGCAGAUGGCUCUGAUUGCAGAUUCAAUGACGUUCUUCGUCGUAGUUUUCUCAGACAAGUGCGAUUGAAUGAAAGGAGGAAACGAAACCAGGGUGAUAAUCAGCGACGGGGUGUUUCAGACUUAAAGAACAAAGAUGAGACAGAACAGCUUAGGGCCUCAGUUGAUUUUCUCGCGGAGCUUUGCGAAUCUGUUUCUCCUGUGGAGAAAUCUAAUUUCGCAAACUGGUCACAUCAGGCUGUGGAUUUCAUAUUAGCAUCUAUGAAGAAUCUAUUAUCAAUGGGGAAGGACAUGGAGAUCAUUGAAGGAAUUGUCUGCAGCUUGGUUAUGCGAUUGGUUGGAAAGAUGUGUUCGGCAUUACAAGGAAAUGAAUCUCUUCACACUGAAGCUGAUGAUGAGUUCUAUAUUCAACAUGUGAUCCGUAAACUUGGAGUUGAGGCCUACAUUGGACAUCGUGUGAUACUUUUCGUUUCCCAACGAAUUUCCAUUCUCGCUGAAAGUUUGCUUUUCCUGGAUCCGUUUGAUAAUGCUUUUCCCCACAUGCAUGAGUGUCUGUUCACUAUGAUUCAGCUUAUAGAGUUCUUGGUAUCAGACAACCUAACAACUUGGUCAGCAGAUGAAGACUUUGACCAUGUGCUAUUUGAGGAGUGGGUGGUAUCGGUUCUCCAUGCUCGAAAAGCUUUACUACUCAUGGAAAGCAGAAAUGGGCUGUACGUGCUGUAUAUGGAUCGAGUUACAGGUGAAUUGGCUAAAAGAGUGAGCCACAUUCCAUUGCUCCAGAAUAUCAACUCAAAUAUCCAUGAAAACCUGUUCUGUUGACCACAUCUUUCCAUUUUGUUCCAGCUGUACGAGUUUGCUGCACCCAAUGAAAUGAACAGUAGAGUUGCUUUAGUUCUGUUCUUGUGCUGGCUGCAUCAACAUGUUUUUAUGCGUGUCUUACCAGAAGAGUAAAGGUUAUUUCUGCAACCAAAUCGGCAAAUCCAAUCCCUUCGCCCUUUUUAACACUUUAGAAGAUCUUAGAAAUCCUUUAUCACUAAGUUUCAAACUUUUGGAUUGUGAAAGCUGUAGCUACCUUUGUUUCUACCAAUUUCACUUUAAUGGCUAUGACUGCAUCCAUGCACGUGCUACUUUCUUAAGGCAAAGAUUCUUUUUUUCCUGGAGUUUUGGCUUGGGAUUUUUUAAUCUUUUAACAUGUAAUGUUUGCUGUCCGUGUACCAGUAAUGCACGGCAUCCAUUCUUUUCUUGCCGAAAGGCCUAGUUGUCCCUAAGGUGAGAGGAAUCCCUGACAUGCAUGGUUGUCACCUUCUUUUAUGACUUUCAAGUGAUAAAUCUAGGAGAAAUAUUGGCUUAAUAAGUUUUUUGUACCAAAAAGAUUGGCGCUUUUACGUCAUAGAAACAGUCAGGUUAUUUCAUUUCCUUCUCUGGUAUCAAGAUAUCUUGUGACUAAAUUAUUCUUACCCACCCCAACUACUGCAAUUUAAUAAUCUAAUCUCUCAUUAUAAAGCUCAUAUAAAUCAAAAUAUCCUUACCCUACAAGCAGCCAUUGUUUGCUUAGCAGAAAUGACCAACAUGAGAGGUGUUUUGGCCUUUUGUCUCACUGCCCUUCUAUCACUGUCUGAAUCACUUCCAAGUUCAGCUCACGAAGAUACAAUGAUUCCGGUCAGUAGGGUUCUUAACCGAUCUCUAGUGCCGGAGAGAGAAUCGGUCGAUCAUGACUCUGAUUUGUUUAGUACUAAGAAGCUUAGGAUUCAGAUCAAGAGGAGGGGGCGAUUUGUUCCAUGAAGUAGUCAUGGCAAAUCAUCAUCAAAUCGAAUUAAGAUAACUCCUACCCAUGUUGGUACUAUCCUUUGUUACUCCAUUUUCAUAGGUUUCUUCCUCUUCUGAUCUUACCAUGGUUGGUCAGGUGAUUCGUCCCUCAGUUUAAAGCUAUAUGUGAGAUCUACCGAGUGCUGUAUACCAAAUGCUCUUGUUGUUUCUAUUUCCAGCUCUUGUAGUGUAAUCUUUCAUAAUUAAUAAAAAGAAAGUUAUGGUAA